GCUAAACCAGCUACUGUUGCUCUUCACUAUCUUCAUCAUCAACUACAAGUAAAUGGUAGAAGAACAAACUUAUCUCCACCUCGUCAAACCCUUCUCAUCCUCUAUUGGUGCUCAAACACACCAACUCUAACCAUACCCAGAACCCUUUUUUUUAGUUCAUGAUCUUUAAUCCAACAGAUGGCAAAAGGUCCCUUUUUAAAGAGGACAAAUGUACGAUCCAACUACUAAAUUUGAAAGCCCAGUAUAAGAGUCAGAGACCCAACACCCCAAAUAGUAUUCUGUCUGUCAGUCUUUUAAGGCAGAUAGACUUGUUUUGUGAACUCCGCUCCAACUCUCAGUGUUUCUGUCACGAUGAGAUCUUGUACAGACCAGCAAAAAUAUCAUUUUUAGCAAUUCAUCUCAAGUUUGUUGCUUGCAAGUAUUUAUGAUGGCGGUUGACCUACACAACAGAGAUGAUGAAGAGUUGGUGCCUCUUCAGUUGUUAACUGGUGAAGAUAACACUCUUACUAUUCCUGUAAACAAACCCAUCAAUUGCCAAGACUGGUCCUAUUGGUCUGCUUUAUCUGAUAACGGCUCUGUCGUUAGUUCACCGAUUGACUCUGAACUUGGUUCCUCGGAAAGCAGCGAAGAAGAUGACGAUUACAUUGCUGAGUUGACGCGCAAGAUGGCUCUCUACAUGCUUCAAGAUGAUGAUAAUACUGAAAAGGAAAAUAAGUCUUGCUCAAACCAAGAAGAAGAUUUGCAUGUGAUAGGAAAGUUUGAGAAGGAGAAGGAGAAGGGGAGCGAUGUUGUGCCUCAAGACAGCGAUAGCGAGAGAUUUUCAAGCCCAUCUACAGAAUCCACAUCAGAAUCUGCAAUUGAGAAGGACCCAGAUUUCAAGUUUCAAUCAAAGCAAGCUCUUAUUGAUAAGCAAAUUCAGGACAUGAAGCAACAGUGGGGCAGUAAAUUCAAUGUGAAUAAACAAAACGGAAUCGAAGGAAGAGCUUGUGGUGGGUUUGUUAAUGGACAGAAGACUCUUUCAUGGCCUAAUUUAGUCCAGCAAACAAGCUACAGUAAAAUCAAUUCAGACGUGAGAGCAGUUUUUCUUGAUAAUCAAACUGGUUCUAGAACAGGGUGUUCUGGGACAGGCGUAUUCUUGCCUCGACGAAUUGGCAAUACUAGUUCUGAUUCACGCAGAAAAACAGGAUGCCCCACUGUUCUUAUACCAGCAAAAGUGGUGCAGGCGCUGAAACUUCAUUUUGACAAAAUGAGUGUUCCGGCAAGACCUAAUGGGAUUAUUUUCCAAUCUCCAGCGUCACGGCAGAGGCAAUCACAGGCUAUGACAACCACAAGCGAUCAAGAGAUGGGUCUGCCUCAAGAAUGGACAUAUUGAUUGAAUCCUAGUCACAUGCCGUGUUCUGUGUUCUGAUAAUAAUGGUUUUGGCAGAUUCUGCUGAAGAACGAAUAAGGUUGUAGAAAGAAUAAUAAAAGAGGAAAAGCAGGGGUACGGUUGUCGGUCAAAUAAAGGGAAUCUUUAGCGUUGAACAGAAAAAUAAAUCAAAGUUUAGCUUUCCCAGGGUGGCUGAAGUACUAGUUAAGUUGACAGAUGUGUGGAUAUCAUAGUAGUAAUAAUUCAGCCGCCACCACCACCACCACCAUAGUUUGCUGCUUGUGCCCGCUUAUGUCUUCCUCUGUUCUGUAAUGAAUUAUUGUUUUUGCAUAUAAUGUGAAUAGUGUUUGAUGAAUGCCCACAAGAGACUUUUCUGCGGGUGAAAGUU